AUGCAUAAAGUACAUGAGACUUUGAAGCCGUUUAUUGCAGACGAAGGCUACAACUGGGAGGUCAACGGCGAGGAGCUUGAGCGCGAAUUCGUCCACGUCAAUGGUUUCAGAAUCCCUCCUACUGGGUCUGAGGAUGAGAAGAGGUGGUUCCGUGAAAACGAACCGUCGCCUUGGGGGCCUUACCUUACGGAGUAG